AUGGAAGGCUACACCAAAAAUUCGGAGAUUCCUGAGGGUAUCUUCUACAUCAAUUUGGAUCAAUUGUUCGAGAAAAGAGUAUCGCAAAGAGAGAGCGCGCUGUCUUUCAAUAUCCGGGCGUUUACUGAGAACCGGCAAAAUCAUGGGUUUAUAGAGCAGAAUUUGAUUACUUUACUGUAUCGAUGCCUGGAUUCCAUGACGAAGGGGUCUGCCGAAGAGAUUUCCUUAGCAGCUCACACCAUUGGGCUGAUGGCUGUGGCGGUUGCCCACAGGGCACGUGAAGUAUACGUGGAGUCGCUCCCUGUGCUGUCCGCCGCUCUUAAAUCUGGUUCCGUAUCUUCAAAGAUAUUAGAAUGUUUGGUUCUUGUAACCUUUUUCGGGGCAGAGAAUUGCGAAGAUACUCAAAGUGCAAUGCAGAUGAUAUGGGAGUUCAUUCAUAAGAAAUCGGCCUCAACGGUGCUCGCUACUGCAAUAUCGGCAUGGACAUUUCUUCUUGCAUCCAUGGAUGGAUGGAAACUUAGUUAUAAACAUUGGCAAGGGGCAACUUCUUAUUUGUCUAAUCUACUAAAGGAGGAGGAUGAAGCUGUUCGUCUUGCAGCGGGUGAAGCACUGGCUCUAAUACUUGAGAUAGGAUUUCUUGAGAAGUUCUCCGGCCACUGCUCUAGCAUAAAGAGCGAUGAAAUCAUAAACAAUGUGAACAAGUUUAUCCUCAAAUUUAGAGCAGAAUAUCAUGAGAGCCAAGAUUCUAGCAAACAACUCGAUUUCAUUUGUGAUGUUCUAAAGUUUUUUGAGGAUGAUUAUUAUCCCCAAGUUUCUGUGAACAUUGGUGGGCAUAUACUGACAUUAUCAACAUAUUCUCAGUUAAUACAGCUCAACUUUCUGAAGCAGUUUCUAGAGCACGGAUUUGAAAGGCAUAUGAUGGGAAACGAAUUUCUCCAGAGUGUCUUCGACUUCACACCCGAAAAACAUUUCCAUCAUGAAAAAAUCUGGGACGAGGCCACUGUCAUGUAUUUCAUACCCGAAGCAAGAACCAAGAGAACCAGACAGAGACUAUUCAUGUCCCCUAAUUCUGCAUAUAACAAGGCAAGAACUCAGUUACUGAACAAGAAUAGAAUGUUAACCAAGCGGGGAAGCAUUGGUCAUGGUGAUGAAUGAAGAAGUGGAGCAGGAAAAGAAGAUUGUUUUAGGGCUUCAAGUACAGUGCUUGGGUCUUAAG